CCGCAUUAUUUUAGAAGGAUGUGGGUCGUUCUAGAUUUUCUCGGAAAGUUCUGCUGAUAAUUUCUUACAACGGAAAAAACUGCUCUUCAGACUACGACAAAUUCAAACCAGCUUCCACAGGGCAGAUAUUCACUUGUCCAAAUCGUCAAAAUGGCUAGUAUUGAUGUAAGACAACCCUUGCUUUCGGGACGAACAGAUCUCAAUCCUCAGACGAGGAGUAAAGACACCCCAAAGAGAAAAAGAUUCCGCCGCAGCAAAAGUGCUCCCCUCGCAGAUUUUGUUCCCUUUGAGAAAACAAGCAUUGGCUCAGAUCCUCAGUCUAAUGCCAUUUUCGGGAAUAUACACCCGAACAUCUGCAAAGUGUUCAUGUUCUUGGCUUUCUACUUGAGUGCUGCCACCGUUUGCUUUUACAUUGUUAGGAACCAAAUCACGGGAAAGAAGACUAAUGGAGUUCUCGACGCAGUUUAUUUCUGCAUCGUCACAAUGACGACUGUUGGAUAUGGGGACCUAGUACCUAGCAGUGAUGCUGCAAAAGUGCUCGCAUGUGCCUUUGUGUUCACGGGAAUGGCUCUAGUCUGUUUGAUACUUAGCAACGCAGCGGACUAUUUGGUAGAGAAGCAGGAAAUACUGCUUGUUAGAGCCUUGCACCUGCGUAAAAAAGUUGCUUACACUGAAAUUCUGAAAGAGGCUGCGAUGAACCGAACCAGAUACAAGUGCAUUCUGGCUUUUGUAAUUCUUUUAGUGCUUAUGAUCACUGGAACUAUAUUUCUGUCCACGGUCGAAAAGUUGGACCUUGUGGAUGCAUUUUACUGUGUUUGUUCCACCAUAACGACUCUAGGGUAUGGAGAUAAGAGCUUCUCAACUAAAGGAGGGCGUGUUUUUGCCGUGUUCUGGAUACUGAUAAGUACCAUUUGUUUAGCUCAGUUUUUCCUCUAUAUUGCUGAGCUCAACACUGAAAACAGGCAAAGGGAAUUGGUCGAGUGGGUUCUAACUCGAAAGGUGACGAAUCUGGAUUUGGAGGCAGCUGAUCUUGAUCACGAUGGGAAUGUCGAGGCUGCUGAGUUUGUAUUAUAUAAGCUGAAAGAGAUGGGGAAGAUAACCCAGGAUGAUAUAUCACUUAUAAUGGAGGAGUUUGAUGAUCUUGAUGUGGAUCAAUCGGGAAGUUUGUCUGCAUCUGAUAUAAUCCUUGCUCAAUCAUCUGAAACUGAUCAGAAAUAACUUAACUGUCAUUAUGCUUCUUAACUUACAGGUACCAUUUCAUGUCUGUAAUUUAUUAAUAUGUCAUGAGAGUUUCCAUAAUAUAUAACUGCCCUCAUACUGAUGUUUUAUUUUACAGUUGUGAUUCAAAACAUAAUGCUUAUGUAUGUAUACUUUUCUAUAGAAACAUGGGAGAAUACUAUGAUCUUC